AAACGCGUUAUCACAAUUUUUUCUCGCAAUCGCCGCCAGUACCAGUCGUUUCGUGAGCAGCCUACCGGUUACGAGCGCCUCGUAAUCGUACCAUUCAAACGUGUAAUUUUCCUCUUACUCUGCGCGCUUAAAUUUUUCUCAUCCAAGUGUACCACGUGUUUGUGGUAAUCGGUUUCCGAUUUUUAAAUUCAUUUUAUCCCAAUUUUUUUCAUUUUCGGAGUUAAAUUCGUGAAAAUUUUCAAAUCAACGGUGCAACGGUGCGUGCUGUGCGUGAAUUUUUUUUCUCAAGUUUUUAGCCCACAAUAUUAAUCGAAUAAAAAUAAUUUCGAUCAAUUUUUUUUCAAAUUGGAAAUUUUUUUUCCUCCGUUUAAAAAAAAUGCGUGAAAAAUUAUAUUUUUAAUCCGCGGUGUGUGAAAUUAGUUCGACGUCGAAUUAUACUUCGAAAUUUAAUAUCUAAUAAAAACAUCGCGAGUUCAGUGUGUGUUUAGUGCUCCGUUUUUAAAAUAUGAUUAUAUUAUCCGCGUAACAUAAACACGACGUACCCAAAGGAAAACCAUGCGACUAGGAGGAAAGUAUUCCAUCAGCGUAUCGGGGGGAUGAGGCGAUAUGGACGUGACAUUACCCACAUGGUGGGUAAUCCAGCUAGUGUGCCGAUUAAGCUUCAAUUUCUCGGCCACUUCGGAGCCGCUGCAUCACUUGGACUGUCUGCACAUCAACGACAAUCGUACCACCAUCCCAGAUCCAAGCACCACGACAACCACAACAGCUCCGUCAUUUGAUCACCACGAAGACGUGCACCGGCUCUACUACCGCUGCCUGUUCCAUCACGAUCAAACCAAACCAUCCGAACGUAACGCCGACUGUCGCAGCACCGAUCCACCUCUGGCGGUAUUUGCCAACGAUAGCCAACCCUUUGAUCUCGAACAAGAAUUCCCCAGAAGGAUAUCGCUACAGGUGGUCGACCUGAACGUCGACCUGCUGGACAACAGCUCGUUCUCGUCGGCGGUGUGGCUGACUCUGCCAAAAUUUCCAAAUAUCAACGAUACCUUUCAAAAUCUCCAUUUGCAAUGCAAUCCUUCGCAUUUCACCGAUGCGCGAAUAUUGUGCACGUUGCAAACGGAGGACGAUCUCAAAAAAAAGGAGACCAAGUUCUCGUGGAUAUUUUUAUUCGCCAGCGUAUUCAUCGUGGCCGGAGGCGUAGGUAACAUAUUGGUAUGUUUGGCCGUAUGCCUCGAUAGAAGACUGCAAAACGUAACAAAUUAUUUUUUAUUAUCGUUGGCCGUCGCCGAUUUGCUGGUCAGCUUGUUCGUCAUGCCUUUGGGAGCCAUACAAGGAUUCCUUGGGUAUUGGCCUCUGGGUUUAUUUUGGUGCAAUGUAUACGUAUCCUGCGACGUGCUGGCGUGUUCGUGUAGUAUAAUGCAUAUGUGUUGCAUAAGCUUAGAUCGUUAUUUGGGUAUAAGGAAUCCGCUCAAGACUCGCCAUACGUACUCGACUAAGCGAAUCGUCAGUAUAAAGAUCGCCAUUGUUUGGAUACUCUCGGUUUGUGUUUGCGGUUCGGUUACUCUUUUAGGUAUAACAAAUCCGAAAAACAUAAUGCCAGAGGCCAACCUUUGCGUCAUAAAUAAUUCGGCCUUUUUUAUAUUCGGAUCAUUGAUGGCGUUCUACAUUCCGAUGAUCGUCAUGUCCGUAACGUUCUGCCUAACCGUGCGGCUACUCCGGAAGAAGGCGCGGUUCUUGCAGCAGAAACCAGGCACCCAACAAGAGGCUCCUACUUUCCGCCGUCUCGGUGGCAGAUUCCGUAAACCUCCUUCAACCGUCGAGUUACCAACACCUUUGUCGCCUGCGGACAACACCAGGAUACCGCCGAAACGUUCGCUCAGCACGCCUCAUAAAUUCUACGGUAGAAGUUCAGCGUUCAGGUUUUUCAAUAGAGGUUCAUCAACAAGUAUUAGCUCAUCGCAGCCGAGUUUAUUAGCGACUAAUACCCGAGCUGGAGCGACCGAGACAAGACGCACAGUUGGCAUGGAAACGGUGCAAACAUCCGCCACCGAAAACGGUACCGAGAGUUCCGUCGGAAGGAAUACAAGAUUACGCACACUUCGGCUUCCGUUAAACGUAACACCCUCCAAUUUAAAUUUAAGGUUUCUAGCGAAUCGAAACAAACGUCCAAAUGAAGGUGUAGCCGCCAACUCGGUACGUACCGAGCAAAAGGCCACCAAAGUCUUAGGGAUGGUGUUCUUCACGUUUGUCGUCUGCUGGUUGCCGUUUUUCUCGCUGAACAUAAUUUUCGUCAUCUGUCCUAAGCCAAGCUGCAACGUGCCAACUGGUUUCGUCGAUAUAGCCUUAUGGCUGGGGUACGUCUCGUCGACCAUAAACCCCAUAAUUUACACGAUUUUCAACAGGACAUUCAGAGCAGCAUUUAUGAGAUUAUUACAAUGCAAAUGCCAGCGUCUCUCGAGACCACCUCGUUAUCGUUCAGUCAACGAAAACCGUAAUUCGGCGUUACUGGCCCAGACACCAUCGAGUGCUGCAGCCGGAGCAGCAACGGUUCCUUUAUCGUUAUCAUUGCAAGGGACGCCGCUCGUCACGCCAUCUAGCGUAUCGUCUUUCUUGACCAAUAUUCGGACACCGGCUAACCAAAGUAGCCAAUCAGGAUCGUUUGAUUUGGCCGAAUCUUCAACUGGUUGAUAUAUUGCCAAAGGUGUACUGCCCGGAUCUCUUCACUUUACACCAUCCGGACCGUGAUGGUUGCUGGAUUAUUCGACUCUACAUCUUCAUAAUGUACGAGACGUGGCUAUUUUACCGAAUCGUGUUUUGUUUUUGUUUUCGUUUUUUUUUCUCGUUUUUUCAGUCUAAUUUAGAGUAAAAAUUUAAUAUUGUAUGUAAUUUUAUUAUUAUUAUUUUUUUCUAAAUAAGUUGCCAAUAUUUUGAAUAUUGUUGCAUUUUACAGUUUUUUUUUGUUUUUUUUUUUCAUUUUGUGUUUUGUUUCGUCAUCAUUGUCGUGUCCCCCAUCCCCCAAAUUAUUAUACGAUUUACAAUUUACAUAUUUUACCUUUAUAUAAAUUGUAUAUUAUUAGUAGAGAAUUUAUACCCCAAUCAAACCAACAUGUGCGUAUGUUCGUCGUGUUUUACUCGAGUGUGAAUAAAUGUAUAAGUAGAUUAUCCAUGCAUGUAUUUUUUUUUUCACGUAUUUCGAUCGGGUUUUCCUCUUAUGUUUUUGUAUGGUGGUCGCGUCGUCCGUCGCGUCCACAUAAUUAAUUUCGUAAGCGUUAAGAUUGUUUACUAAUUUCUCAAAUGGAAACAAAAAAAAAAAAAAUACAAAUACAAAAUGUGCAUACACA